AGCCUCAACAUGAAAGUCCGUCACACUUUGAUCUGCUUCUUCUUGCUCUCUCUGCAGGAUGGAAACACUGGUCUCACCAAUGCCCAGAUCCCAUCUGUCUAUACAGGAACUGAAGGAGGAGAUAUCAGAGUUAGAUGCCCCUUUUCUUCACCUGGAGUCAGGAAGUUCUUCUGCAAGAGAGAAUGUAAACCAAAGGACAUCCUCAUUCACACAACUGGUGUCAGAGAUCAGAGAGGCAGAUACAGCAUCACAUAUGAAGGAGGAUUUUUUAUAGAUAAUGUUUUCGUGAGCAUCACACAGCUGACCAAGUCUGACUCAGGACUGUACAGCUGUGGUCUGGGUGGAUCAAACAUCAGGUUUGAAAUCAUUGUUGUAGAUGCACUGCUGGAUGGAAGUCCUCCUGAAGACAAAUCCCUCUAUACAAGAGCUGGAGGAAAUAUUGUAGUUGAAUGCUCCUUUACUGUCUCUGGAAGGGGGAGGUACUUCUGCAAGGAAGAAUGUGAAGAGAAAGACAUUCUUGUUGAAACAACUGGUUACACAGCUGAGAGAGGCAGAUACAGCAUCAGAUAUACACAACGAUCUCUGACAGAUGUAUCUGUGUAUGUGAGCAUCACACAGCUGACCGAGUCUGACUCAGGACGGUACAGGUGUGGUCUGGAAAGACGUUUAUCACCAGAUUCCUACUGGGAGUUUGAGAUCAUUGUGACAGAUGCUCCAACCACUUUAAAACCAACAUCAGACCCAUCAGCCUCCACACCAACAACAACAACACAGAGUUUAAACGCUCAGAUUGACGAGCAGCAGACUGGGACAGCAUCACGUCAAGAUGUGUGGCUGCCUGUCGGUCUGACUCUGGCCGUAAUGAUUGUCCUUUUAUUACUGGCUGUGGUGAUAUACUGCAGGAAGAGGUCUUCUAAACCCAAGGAAGCUCCAGUGGAAACAGAGUACACUUCUGUCACAGAGACCAACCAAGUGUACGAGAACAUCAGAGAGGACAGACACAGCAGAUCUGCUCCUGUGGAAAUCUCUUCAGUUUACACUCUCGCCAAAUAUACCCACCAAAAAACUCCUGAAUCCACUGAUGACUACAGCUCUGUCUCUGAAUCCAGAUUUCAAAAUACAGCUGAAGACCACUCAAGUAAAUUCACCUACUCUGAGGUGAAUUUUUCCAAACAGUCCAACAGAGCCCUCCGUGGUGACGAUGAUAACGUCGUCUACUCUGUUCCUCGGGUGGAGGCGAGCUCUGAUGCCGGCCAUCUGGAAGAUGAUUCUCCUGUGUACUCUACUGUUACUUAGCUCCACAUUCAGUCUCUGAGGCCAACAGUUUGAAUACGUAACUGUGUAAAUAAGCUGAAACAUAUUCACACAAAUAUGUUUUUUGUGUCUGACUUUUUAAAGUAAGAACAGUUGUAAGAGUAGUUCUGUCCUCAGUAACAUAACCUCCAAUCUGCUGCCUCAACAGCACGCUUCAGGUUAGAGCUACUUUCACUACUUCUGUAUUUUUUAUUAAGUUAUUAUAUAUGUUAAAGAAUUAUUAUCCGUUUUCUUGGUUAUGACUAAGACAAAUAAUGAAUGUUUAAGUUAGCAUUACCAUUACAGUAAGUUGGCUGAAUUAUUUUAUAUAAAGUUAGCAGGUUA